AUGCACCAAAAGGAUGGUCGAGGUUUCACCAAGCUUCCAAAUAGGCAUCCUGGCUGUAUCAUCAGUGUGCCGCUAUCCCCGCCCGCUUCUUCCCUCCGAGUCGGAACGGGCGGCCUCGACCGGUUUCAGCCUCCAAAGCGUGGUGACGACGACUCCCAAGCAAUAAACCCCUCCAAAUCCACUCCGGACCCCAUCUCUUCUCCCAACGAGCUCGGACGUUUCGAGCAACCCCUGCCCAGUCUUGCAAGCUUGGAGUCGAAUAACUAG